UAUAGCACAAAUACACUCACCAUUGUUUGACGGAUGGAAUGGAGCAGCUAAAACAAAAUUGAUACCGUUCGAACAAAAAUAUUAUUAUUAGUUGGCUUGAUUUAGUAUGGAAGCCAAAGUGGAAACAAAAUAUUGAUCACAAUUGGAGAGAAAUACAACUAACGUUAAAGAAGUGGCAACGAAGGGUUCUGAGUUCUAGAGAAGUACAGAAAUUGGGCCCGAACAUUUGAAUAGUGCAGCCUCGAAGUUAAUUCUUGAAUCGUCUAGUCAAGAAAUAAUUAUCAGUACAACUGAUUAGUACUUACGUCGCGUCAAAUGCUAUUUUUGUUUUGAUAGAAUUGUAUUCUAUUGACUGAAGUACGAAAUGCUAGGUGAUGACGAUACAAAGGGUAAUGAGUCAAUACAACCGCAGAAAGAUACACAAAACAGUCUUUUCGGUGACACAAUGCAAUACCCUGAAAACAUCUUGGCAAACAACUACAGCAACAUGCAAAUGCAGUUAAAUACGCGCUACAUUUCACAGAUAUGCUGUCCCCGGCGGGUGCGAAGUACACUACCUCACGUCCGGAUGCGACCUUACUUCAUACCAAAAAGGUCUCGAACAAAAAGUGAAAACUCAGAUCCUUCCAGCAUACUGUAUCUGGAAACACUACAGACUAUCGAUGCUCUUCAGGGAAACACGAGCACAGCUUUCAUGAUGGAAACCAACGAUACUGCUUCCACUCAGAUGGAUACCAGUCAGCAAUUGCUAUCGCAAAAAUCUGAAAAGUGCAAUUCACUUGUAAAGUCAAAGUCACUGGAAAAUUUGGUGCGAGCCAUCAAGUCCAUUGAUGGAUCGCAGCCUUCGCACGAGAUGGAAUUUGUUUCUAGUCGCAUUCAAAAGUUAAAGGUUCAGGAAUAAGUGUUCUGAUGUCGACGGCAACGAAUAUAAGUGUCUAACAUACCCACUGCAUAAAUAGAUCACGGACUAAACAGACAGUACGAGCAAUUGAUUUAUUCUUCAUCAUGUGAAUAGAGUCUUAUCCCUUACGAAGUUUAGUUGUAUUGAUGGAGAAAUCACAUUAGUUUUUAACGUGAUGUCGAGUGUGUUAGUCUGUUUAGCGUACUGAGAUUUUUACGACCAUGUGUCAACAAUUUGAUGAGCGCAUGCAUACGUUUUAGUAAUAAUUUUACACCAGCAGGAUAGUAGGGCAAGUGUUUGUAAACAAUAGGUUUUGUGAUACCUAGUACCACUAGUGACUGUCGAAACACUUUAAAGAAAAGUUUUUGUGAAGAUUUAGGAAUCCGAGCCAGACUUUGACGGAAUGACAGCAAUUAUGUUUAUUUAUUGAAAAUAAAAUUGUAACAUGAGAAACCAGAAA